AUGGACGCUGCAUAUUUGCCCAUCGACGAUGACGGUUAUUACAUCCAGCUUCAUGCAAUUAUUGCGAGUGGCGAUGCAGCCCUUGUGGUCCGCCGGGAAGAUAUGGCAAUCAAAAUGGCAAUUGUGUACAGGCAUUACACCUUGGAGCAAGCGGAAGAGAACCGCAGCAAGAUCCGACGAGAGCAAGAAGUCUGGCGGCGCAUUCAGCCUGACUUUAAUACCCCAGUGCAAGGAAUCAUCCAAUGCCUUGGCCUUCGCGGAGACACCAUCGAGAUGAGAUACAUGUCCGGGGGUACGCUUCUAAAGUGGCUGGAACACCGCGCGCGACCCAGCAUCCAGCUCCAGAAGCGGUGGUUUCGCCAGCUUGCCGUCGGUCUCCACAACCUUCAUCAACGUCGCGUCAUCCACAGUGAUCUCCUUAGUCGCAACAUUCUGAUAAAUGGUUCGUUGAACGUCACAAUUUGUGACCUCGGUGCAUCGAGUGUCAUGCCCAUCGACACUGUCAUGGCGGACGCGGUGGAUGACUACAACUGCUCCAUCUGGACAGAUCUUUGCCAGCUGGGCCUUGUGCUCUACGAGAUUGCGACUGGGAGAACCACAGGCAUCAGUCUAUAUGACAACAGUGGCAGUGACAACUCCGUCGCCAGCUUUCCCUCCCGGGAUAUGCUCCCUGCCCUGAGCAAGCGACUCUGGGCCCGGGAUAUCAUCGAGACCUGCUGGAGGGAGGGUGGAUAUGGGGCUGCAGGUGCGGCGGGAAUUCUGGCCAAGCUGGACAAAGUGAAGGCCCCGCGCCGGCGCCGUUAA